AUGAACCCUUCAUCCAGCUUCACGUUUGAAAACUUCCACUUGGACCCCGAAGACUUUCAGAACUUCCUCCUCAUCAACCCACCACUGACCGAGUACUCUUCCCACUACUACAUGAAUCUUUCCAACAGCGGCACAGCCAGCAACGCCAAUGCCAAUGCUCAUGGCGUAGCUGCUUCGGCUGGUGCGACAGGUGGACACCUUGGCCACGGCGGGCACGGCGGAAGAAGCUUGGGAACGAACGCCAUAACGGAUUCUGUGCCUGCCACCAAUACCCCGAUGAGGAGCCUGUCUGGAAUCCCAGACUCAGACCAGCUACUGAACCAGCUCUCCCUGAAGAAGCAAAUACCCGUUUCUGUGGCGCCGUUGACUGAGCAGUUGUCCAGCGUCGCUCCGACAUCACAAAUGACCUUCCCUCCCUUUACAGGAGACGACAAUGAUGCCAUACGCAACGCAGCUGCAGGAGCUACGCUGCUUCCCACCAAUAAUACCAACACAAACACCAAUACGGCCAAUGCCACCGCUGCUAGUCUCAGCGGCAUCAGUUUCCCCUCAAACGCACACGCCUUGGCUUCCCAGUCAACCCAAGCUGCACAGCAAUCCGCCGCACUGUUUAGCAACCAAUAUGCAUUUGAUGCCGAUGUUAGGUUCGACGAUCAGCAGCUGCCGCUGCCCACUAGACGUCUAUCCAUUUCCAAUGGUCAGAUCGGCCAAAUAAGCAGGAUGGUCCAUUCCCAGAUGUAUCCUAGUUCAACCUCGAACUCUUCGGGAACGCCGAAUUCCAACGAUUCUACAGCAGUGUCCAAUCAUUCAAGUGGGUCCGCCCGCCAACCGCAAAAAGCACAACAAAAAGCCCUCUUGGAUGAAGAAGAAUCCAUUGAGGUGGACACCAACGGUGUUCCCACCAGGGAAUUGCUUUACAAUAACGAGGUUAUUUUCAAUCCAAAUGGCCCGAUUCCUGGCACCAACGCAUGGAAGAGGGCCAAGAUUCUAGAAAGGAACCGGAUAGCGGCCAGCAAGUGCCGUGCAAAGAAAAAGAAUUUGCAAAAAAAGCUUCAGCAGGACGUGGACAAGCUAAGUGAAGAGAACAGCCGACUUCGUGACAUGAUGACAGAGAUGAAAAAACGUGUGGAGCGAUAUUGCCAGAAGAAUAACAUCGACAUAGCUGAGGUCUAUGCUUCAGACAGCCAGUUGAAGAAGGAGCAACAGGAGGAGGAGAUGCUGAAGAAGAAGAAGGCUCAGAACACGAGUGAGCUUGUCGACACGUUUCUAAAGGAGAACGUGCUGUGA